AUGUCUGCGCUCCGCAGGAAAUUUGGGGACGAUUACCAGGUAGUGACCACCUCGUCCAGCAGCGCGGGCUUGCAGGGCCAGGGGCCCCAGCAGCAGCAGCAGCAGCAGCUGGUUCCUAGGAAGAAGCGGCAGCGGUUCGUGGAUAAGAACGGGCGGUGCAAUGUGCAACACGGCAACCUGGGCAGCGAGACGAGCCGCUACCUCUCCGACCUCUUCACCACCCUGGUGGACCUUAAGUGGCGCUGGAACCUGUUCAUCUUCAUCCUCACCUACACUGUGGCGUGGCUCUUCAUGGCGUCCAUGUGGUGGGUGAUCGCCUACACCAGGGGAGACCUGAACAAAGCCCACGUCGGCAACUACACGCCCUGCGUGGCCAAUGUCUACAACUUCCCCUCUGCUUUCCUCUUCUUCAUCGAGACCGAAGCCACCAUCGGCUACGGUUACCGCUACAUUACCGACAAGUGCCCCGAGGGAAUCAUUCUCUUCCUCUUCCAGUCGAUCUUGGGCUCCAUCGUGGAUGCCUUCCUGAUCGGCUGCAUGUUCAUUAAGAUGUCCCAGCCCAAGAAGCGGGCGGAGACCCUCAUGUUCAGUGAGCACUCCGUGAUCUCCAUGAGGGACGGAAAGCUGACACUCAUGUUCAGAGUGGGCAACCUGCGAAACAGCCACAUGGUCUCCGCUCAGAUCCGCUGCAAGCUGCUCAAAUCUCGACAGACACCUGAGGGUGAGUUCCUCCCCCUUGACCAACUUGAACUGGAUGUAGGUUUUAGUACAGGGGCAGAUCAACUUUUUCUUGUUUCCCCCCUCACAAUUUGCCACGUGAUCGAUGCCAAAAGCCCCUUCUAUGACCUAUCCCAGCGAAGCAUGCAAGCUGAACAGUUCGAGAUUGUCGUCAUCCUAGAGGGCAUUGUGGAAACAACUGGAAUGACUUGCCAAGCUCGGACUUCAUACACUGAAGAUGAAGUUCUUUGGGGUCACCGCUUUUUCCCUGUUAUUUCCUUAGAAGAAGGAUUUUUUAAAGUUGAUUACUCUCAGUUCCAUGCAACCUUUGAGGUCCCCACCCCUCCCUACAGUGUGAAAGAACAGGAGGAAAUGCUUCUCAUGUCCUCCCCUUUAAUAGCACCAGCCAUAACUAAUACUAAAGAAAGGAAUAAUUCUGUUGAAUGUCUAGAUGGAAUAGAUGACAUUAGUACCAAACUCCCAUCAAAAUUGCAGAAAAUUACUGGAAGAGAAGACUUUCCCAAAAAACUCCUAAGAAUGAGUUCUACAACUUCAGAAAAAGCCUAUAGUUUGGGAGACUUACCCAUGAAACUUCAACGAAUAAGCUCAGUUCCUGGCAAUUCAGAAGAAAAACUGGUAUCUAAAACUACAAAGAUGUUGUCUGAUCCCAUGAGCCAGUCAGUGGCUGAUUUGCCACCAAAGCUUCAAAAGAUGUCAGGAGGUGCAGCCAGAAUGGAAGGGAACCUUCCAGCCAAAUUAAGAAAAAUGAACUCUGACCGGUUCACAUAA